CUCGGCGCUCCCGGAAGUAGCCUGCAGGCGGCGCGCCCGGCCCGGCCCGGGCCGUGCUCGCUCCGAACGGGGCGCCGCGGCUGCGCCCGGGUCCGGGCGUCGCCAUGACCAGCGAGCUGGACAUCUUCGUGGGGAACACGACCCUCAUCGACGAGGACGUGUAUCGCCUCUGGCUGGAUGGUUACUCGGUGAGCGACGCGGUGGCCCUGAGGGUGCGCUCGGGAAUCCUGGAGCAGACGGGCGCCACGGCAGCGGUGCUGCAGAGCGACACCAUGGACCACUACCGUACUUUCCACAUGCUCGAGCGCCUGCUGCACGCACCGCCUAAGCUGCUGCACCAGCUCAUCUUCCAGAUCCCGCCCUCCCGACAGGCGCUGCUCAUCGAGAGGUACUAUGCUUUUGACGAGGCCUUUGUGCGGGAGGUCCUGGGCAAGAAGCUGUCCAAGGGCACCAAGAAAGACCUGGACGACAUCAGCACCAAAACAGGCAUCACCCUCAAGAGCUGCAGGAGACAAGUGGGCGCCGCACCCCCCGUCCCGGAACACAACAUCCCAUGUCUUCACUCCAACCCUUUGUUUGACAACUUUAAGCGAGUCUUCAAGGUGGUGGAGGAGAUGCGGGGCUCCCUGGUGGACAACAUUCAGCAACACUUCCUCCUGUCUGACCGGUUGGCCAGGGACUAUGCGGCCAUCGUCUUCUUUGCCAACAACCGCUUCGAGACAGGGAAGAAAAAACUGCAGUAUCUGAGCUUUGGCGACUUUGCCUACUGUGCUGAGCUCAUGAUCCAGAACUGGACCCUCGGAGCCGUCGACUCCCAGGUGGAUGACAUGGACGUGGAUCUAGACAAGGAGUUUCUCCAGGACUUGAAGGAGCUCAAAAUGCUUGUGGCUGACAAGGACCUUCUGGACCUACACAAGAGCCUGGUGUGUACUGCCCUUCGGGGAAAGCUUGGUGUCUUCUCUGAGAUGGAAGCCAACUUCAAGAAUCUGUCCCGGGGACUGGUGAAUGUGGCUGCCAAGCUGACCCACAAUAAGGAUGUCCGAGACCUGUUUGUGGACCUCGUGGAGAAGUUCGUGGAACCCUGCCGUUCUGACCACUGGCCACUGAGUGAUGUGCGGCUCUUCUUGAAUCAGUACUCGGCGUCCGUCCACUCCCUGGAUGGCUUCCGGCACCAGGCCCUCUGGGACCGCUACAUGGGCACCCUCCGUGGCUGCCUCCUGCGCCUCUAUCAUGACUGAGGUCCCCUCCCUCCGCCCUGCCCGAACUGACAAUAAAGCUGCCACGACUUUG